UUGCGCAAGAAACGAUAUUUACUCUUUCCUCACACGAUAAACCGAGCUGUUAGUAAUACAGCGAUCUGUCAUUAUGUCUUUGUGGGAUUUGUAACUGCCGAAUUAUCCCAUUUUCAGUGUUUUUGGCUGGUGUAUUUUAAUCUGAAGUCGAAAAUAGUGGAAUACUUGAGGCAUGAAUCGAAAAAAUCCAGCCCACAAAGAUUGGGCCAAGGCUAUUUGCAGUAUUGUUAGCCAAUACCCCAUGCUUUACGAUAAAAGACACAGUGAUUACAAGAACAAGAUGAAGAAAUUAGAAAUUUGGAAGGGGAUCUCCAAUUAUGUGGCAGCUGAGUUGCAAGUCAACAUGACAGCUGCUGAACUCGAGAAGAGAUGGCUAGGCUGGAAAUGCACGUUCAUUUCAGAACACAGAAGACUCCACACACAUCCCGUAGACACAAACGUGAAAAACUGGUAUUUAUUCAACUCCAUGAGAUUCAUGGAACCGUACAUAUCACAUCAUCGAAAAACAUUCACGACGAAAGAAUCAUUCAAGGCUGAGUAUCCUGAGAGCCCCGAGAAAAAUUCGGGUACGAGACCGACAAGAAUAAUUGGCAAUUUUCUCGAUCAAUCAUCCCAGUCACAUCCAUUCGCCUGCCCAAUGGAGCCUUUGUACUUAUCUCAAGAGGCAGCUGAGAAAUCUGAGCUGGCUGACUCAACCAGUGCACUUGCCAUAUCUGAAGUUGUUGGUAACUACAACGAUAAUGCCCUCAAGGUUGCCCUGACUCGCACUGCAGCCGAAGCCCAUGGACAAAUGGCCCACAAACCCGUGUUUCCUGACUCAUCCGGAGCCGCGACAGCGACAUCCCCAGUGAUAAAUCCAUUCGUUAAAGAUGAAAAAAAGGAGAAGUGUAAGUGCAUUAUCGAAGAGAGACUCGAAUUUAUUCCUAUCGAACGCAGGACAGUCUGUCUCAUUGAGAUAUUUCAAGUUAUUCAAAAAUACGAAAACAUGUCGUAAUUAUUCUAUCGAAUCAUUUCAAUUCAAUUUUUCUGGUGUCAGAUAUUCAACGGAAUUCAAUUCUACAAAGAUCCAUUGAAAUUACUAGAUGGUCAUUAUUUGGAUGAAUUAUAUUUUUAAUUUUAUUUCAAAGAACUCAAGACAAAAAGAUUUGAACGUAAAUCCAUAGAAUAAAACGACAAUUAUCCGGAUCUUCCCAGGAAAUGACGGAAUUUUCUCUUCAAUUCCGUCACGUACCUAGAGUAUUAUUCUUUACGUUAAAUUUUUAAUUCCCGUUGGAAAUCAGUAGUCUAAUCAGUUGCUUUCCGAAUCACACGAUUUGGUUUUCAACUUGAAUUUUUUAUAAAUCCGACAGAACAAACGCGUUUAUAUUAUCAUUAAGUUUUUUAUUAAAGAAGAAAGAAAAAAGAUAAAAAAAAGGUAGUCAUAUGUUACAUGUAUAAAUAUUGCGAAAUGUAUCACUUAUGUCAGUCAAUUAAUUGAAUAAUUAAAUCAUUUAAAAUA